AGAGCUCUCUCCAAAAACCUCAAAGACCUACGCAUUUCUCAUCUCUCUUUCUCUGCUCUCAAUUCACAAGAAAAGGGAUGAGGAGCAUCUGCUUUCACCCGAAAACGCAGUCGUUUUCUAUCUCCCCUCGUUCUUCCCCUUCAAGAGCUUCCCUCUCAACUCCUCGCCGGAGCUUCUCUGAAUCUACGAUGGAGCAAAUCAUAGAAGCUGCCUCCUCCAUGAUCAUGAAAUGGAACCCUGAAACUUCGACCUAUGCUAGAGUCACCUCUCUUUUUUAUGAGAACAAACGAGAGGCUAAACAGUUUUUGAAGUGUGUUAAUGAUCUUCAAAAAGCCAUGCAUUUGUUAGCCUCCGAAGGUUCCGCCGACGGUAGAAUGGUACGAGCACAAAAUCUUAUGCAGAUAGCUAUGAAGCGACUGCAAAAGGAGUUUUAUCAAAUUCUUUCCACCAAUCGGGCAUACUUGGAUCCUGAAUCUGUCUCCACCAGAUCUUCCCGUGCCUCUGCGAUAUCCAGCACCUCCGAUUAUGAAGAUGACGGUUCAGCUGAGGAUGAAAUUCGCGCUGCAGAUGAUUCCAUCUCUGAAGUCGAACAUGUUUCCUCUACAGCCAUGGCGGAUUUGAGGUCCAUUGCUGAGUGCAUGAUCGCCUCUGGAUAUGCCAAAGAAUGCGUUAAUGUUUACAAAGUUAUAAGAAAAUCGAUCAUUGACGAAGGCAUUUAUCGGCUAGGUGUGGAGCGAAUGAGUUCAUCGCAGGUCAAUAAGAUGGAUUUGGCGACGCUAGAUUUGAGAAUAAAGAACUGGUUGGAGGCAGUUAAGAUCUCCAUGAGAACGCUCUUCGCCGGAGAGAGAAUCCUCUGUGAUCACGUCUUCGCUGUUUCCGACUCCAUCAGAGAGUCAUGUUUCGGUGAAAUAUCAAAAGAAGGAGCUGUUCUUCUGUUUGGAUUCCCAGAACUUGUUGCCAAAACCAAGAAAUCACCAGCGGAGAAAAUCUUCCGUGUACUCGAUAUGUACACCGCAAUAUCUGAAAACUGGGCGGAGAUUGAAUCCAUCUUCUCUUUUGAUUCAACCUCCAUCGUCCGAUCACAGGCUCUCAAUUCACUCGUUCGGUUCAGCGAUGCCAUUCUUACAAUGCUCUCCGAUUUCGAGUCCAGCAUCCAAAAGGACUCGUCAAAGACACCGGUUCCAGGCGGUGACGUGCAUCCUCUAACAUUGCAUUCAAUUAAUUACCUCACUCUUCUCAGCGAUUACAGCAGUAUCCUCUCAGAUAUUAUCUAUGACUGGCCUCCAACAGUGAAGUCAUCGCUACCUAAAUCCUACUUCGACAGUCCAGACUCCGAUGAUUCUCUGGCACCGCCAAUAUCCGUUCGGUUCGCGUGGCUAGUUCUUAUUCUUCUGUGCAAGCUCGACGGAAAAGCCAAGCAUUACAAAGAUGUCUCUCUUUCCUAUCUCUUCCUAGCCAACAAUCUACAAUACAUAAUAUCCAAAGUUCAGACGUCAAAUCUUCAGUAUUUACUCGGCGAAGAGUGGAUCACAAAGCAUGAAGCUAAAGUAAGACAAUUUGCAGCGAACUACGAGAGGCUAGCUUGGGCUCCAUUGUUUGCUUCAUUGCCAGAGAAUCCAUCGGCCUCCAUCACGCCGGAGGAAGCCAGGGAAAGAUUCAAACGAUUUAAUUCCAGUUUCGAAGCAGCAUACAGAAAACAGAGUUCUUGCAUCAUAUCGGACCCGAAACUCCGAGACGAGGUGAAGGUUUCUAUAGCAAAAAAGUUGACGCCGGUUUAUCGCGAGUUUUAUAAUAAACAUAUGGAAGCAGCAGACGGACGCAGGAACCUAAGACUAUUUGUCAGAUAUGCCCCUGAAGAUAUAGAGAAUUACUUGCCGGAUUUGUUCUUUGGGACAAGUGAAACGUGGCGUUCACCGUCAUCUUCUACUACAUCGUCGUCCUCGUCUCAUCGGCCGCGAUCACGGUUAUCGAGUUGAUUUUUUUUUAAUAUAUUCAAGCGUAUAGUUGAAAUUUUGGACGUAUAUAUUACUGAAUUUUUUCAAAUAUGAAUACGUAUAUACAGGUACAAUCACAUAAAUACAAUGAGAGUCCUACAGCCCUCAAUCUUAAGCA